CCACCCCCCUCAAUUUAAUCAAUUUCUCAAGGUGUUCUCUGCAAAGCUGAAGAUGGCGACAGACUGAAAAGGGGAGCAGAAGGGGGGAAAAUCAGGAUGACGAGAAGCAAAUACAGCCUUUUGCAUCAGAAACGGAAGAAAAAAUAAGACCUAUCCUCUUGGUUAAGGAUGACAGUUGUGAGAUUUAUUCGUUAUAAGUGCUAUGCGUUUCCCGAAAGCUGCUAAGGGGGAUGUUGAGGAUGCUGAACAGGAUUUUGCAACAUUCUGAAAUUAUGGGUGUAUAGGGAAGAUUCUGACGGGCUUUUAUUUCCUUUGCAAUGGAUCGUCCUGAAAUUUAAACGCAGAGGAGGGCAAAGUGGAUUGAUUUCUUAUUUCAUCACAAGAAAAAAUGCUGCCCAUCACCAUGUUGCAAAGGAGGUAGGUGACAUUGUUUUGGGGGAAAAAUUGGAGAGGAGAAAAACCAACUGGAGAUCGCUUUUGUCUCCCCCUAAAAUAUGAUCAGGGGUGCUUGGAUGUAUCGAAGGGAAGAUGAUGCCGUGUUAAAAAUCUGUUGUGCACCCAAACAAAACGACAAACCCUGCGCCGAUUCCGAGAGGGCACAGAAAUGGCGAAUGUCUUUGGCAUCCCUCUUAUUUUUCACUGUCCUUCUUUCUGAUCACCUGUGGUUGUGUGCUGGAGUAAAACUGAGGUGCAAGGAUAGGGGCUUUCGUAAAGCAUGGAGCAAAGCAACUGAUGGGGAUCAUCUAGUACUAAAUGAGGGGAAGUGUGAUAUUUUUCUAAGCAAUUCGACCAAAUCUGCUGCUCCAAGUCCUCAUUGCACUGAUGCUCAAAACCACCAAGAUCUGGAGUCAGCCUGCACCAAAUUGCGUUUGCAAAAACCAGGCUUUGGAUCUUCAUUUACAUCACCUUCAUCGUUAUCUUCACGGUUAUUACUGGCUUAUUUUAGGAAUUUUAGCCUUUCCUUUUGUGAUUCUUAUACAAUCUCUGACCUGCUGUUGGGGAUGGCUAACCCAGACAGUUUGAAUUGCAGUCUUCAGAACCUGAUUUGGGAUUUGGGUAGAGGCGGUGGGGACGAUUGGGAUGUCUGCAGCAACUGCAUCCAGGCAUACAUGAGGCUGGACCAACACGCUCAGGAAAAAUAUGAGGAGUUUGACUUCCUCUUUCUCAAGUACUUAUCAGAGGAAUAUUCAGUCAGAUCAUGUAUAGGCGACUGUAAGUCAGUCUACAAAGCCUGGUUAUGCUCGGAAUAUUUUAACGCCACCCAUAGUCAGUGCCACCACAGAAUUCCCUGCAAGCAAUACUGUCUGGAAGUCCAGACCAGGUGCCCAUUUGUGUUACCAGACAAUGAUGACCUAGUCUAUGGUGGAUUAUCAAGUUUCAUCUGUACAGGGCUACUAGAAAACCAUUUAACCAAUGCAGAACCAGAAUGUUGUGAUGUCAGAUGGAGCUCCUGUGAUCCAUCGGUGGAUGGUGUCUGCAAUGCGUCUACCAAAUUCAUGGACUCCACCACAUCUCACCAUCGGUCUUCUCUACCUGUGUCGGCAGCCUCUCGGUUGUGCAACAGCAGACUCAAACUGUGUGUGCUGGUCCUCAUCCUGCUGCACACCGUCGUCACUUUUUCUACUAUACAGAACAAUGGCGGACUCAGCCUGGAGGCCCUAACGGCCAUGGAGGACAGCUCGACAAGAGAAGAGUGAGGUCCCCCCACCCCCGACCCCCAACGCCAGCAAAAUAGGAAUUGCUGUAAAAAUGAGGAAAUGUUCUUUUGAAAAUGAGGUACACAGUGGUCCUAUACAGAAAAGGAGUUCAGAUAACAGGGUCAGAAAGGCGCAGUUUCUGGUGUGCACCCUGACCAUUUUUCUUCUUGAAAAAAGGUAAAUGGGGAAACAGAUCCCUGGGAAGGGUUUGAUACAAGUAGCCUUUUUCAUCACUCCACUCUGUACAGUGGUUACAUACCAGAGCAGAAGUAGAGAGAGCCCUUUUUAAUAAAAAAAAUAAAAUAAAAAAUUCAGAGAUGAAGCCCAAACGUGCUGAUGUUUUUCAGUGGCCACUUGUUGCUACUGAAUUAUUUUGAGUAGAACAUUCAUAAAGUACUUCACCUAAUCUGCCACAUACCUGAUAAAAAGGCCAGCAAAAUGCUCAUUUAGCGUGAACAAAGAGUGAUUAAUAGUGGGUGUUUGUUAACCAAAACUUUAGGAAUUAUUGAAAGACUGAAUCUGGGAAACAGGUGCUUGAGCAUAUUGUCUUUGGUAUCAAAAUACCAAAAUGCAAAAAAAUAAGGAAACAAAAUGUUAAAGAACACAAUUUGCUGUAUCAAACCAGACACGUUUUGUAGUUAGACACUAAGUAGACCAUUAUAUGUGUGUAUCAUGGCAAAUGUGGUUCAGUAGCACAAGAUAAUGAAUUUAACCUAACAGCUGGGAAUAGAACACCUUUAGUAAUGCGUUGUUAUACAGAAUAUGAUUUUUACUUUCAGUUUUUAAAUUAGUUAUAGAGGCCAUGGUGUUGUUUUCAUCUUAUUUAAUGUGUUCUGCACUUCUUUUAAGGAAAAUCCCCAGUCAAAUGUGUGUUUGCCCAACUUUUGCAAGUACUAAAUGGUUUAUACACACCUUUAAUAACAGGGACUUAAUUUAAUCAUUUAAAUUGAAAAUACAGGUACUGUAGGUGGUAGCUAUGGUAUGGUAUGCUUUAUAAAAACAUACAGUAUAACCAGUGCAAGCUGAAGGUGUUUAACAGAUAAUUAUUGACUCAAACCAACAGCUACGUUUAAGCAAAGGGACCUGAUUUACAUUUCUUUAGAACAUCUUUCAACAUGGCAAGAAAUUAUCUGUGAUAUUCAUGUAAAAUAAUCCACAUUGCAAAAGAAAGUUUGAAUAGACCUGUAGUAUACAAGUUCCAAGUUUCUUCUUACAUGAGAGUAUGUGCAGUUUUUUUUUUGUCAAGUAAUAAAUUACCCCCAGAGUCUUACUGUAAGUCUAUAUGCUGAAUUUACCUUGAGAAACUGAAUUGGACUGGUGCCUUGGUAUCCAGCUGGCAGAGAUCAUUUCACAGUUUGGAUACCCUUGAAAAGGUUAAAAUAUGGACAAAAAAGAUUCAUCUUGAUUUCUCUUUUCUAUAUCAAGGCCAUCUGUUUUUAAGGUGUGGUACUGCUAUUGUUGAAGACUUUGCAAGCUAAAAUAUGUUAAAAUAAAUCAUUUGCACAUGUUUAAGCUUGUUCAGGAUUAAAUUUUUCUUUACUGUUUUUCUGUCCUUGGUGUGAUUGAUGAAUUUUCUUUUUUAAAAACAUCUUUCUUCUUGGUUUAGUUCAGUUAAAAACCAUAAGAAAUAAUGUUCCCUUGGAUUCAAAAGACAGACAUAUGCAUUGAUUGAUAGUAAAACAUAAACCCAAAACAUUAUGUCUUCCAAAAGUACCAAUUAAUACACAGUGAACCAAUUGGAUGCAAAGGGUAUCAAAGAAGAACUGUCUAUAUAAACGUUAAAGAUAAAAACAGUUAUGUUUGUGUCCAUAGCUAAGCUACUGUGAUGUUUUACAUAAGCUUCUUAUUUUUCAGCUUAAAUGCUUAUAUUUUAUUAUUUAUGACAAAGAUUAAAAACAUGAAAUAACUAGUGUUAUGGUAUGAAUAAUCUCCAUUACAAAAAAAUAUAAAAGUUAUACUUUAAUGUUAAAUUAUUUAAAUUCAGUAACCAUUACAGAGAGAAUGGAUCAAAAUGUCUUCGUGAGAAUCAUAAAUUGUUUUGAGCAUUUUGAAGUUUACGCCCAGAUACCAUAUGCAUCAAAGCAUCUAAACCGCAACAGUUGAAGCAAAAUUGAUUUAAUUAUGUGUUAGUUUCUGUAUGUAGUUGUAUUCUGUAGUUCUGUAUUAGAACAUAAUAUCAUUUAUAAUUUCAAUCACCUUGAACACUUACAAAUUCUGUGGUAUGUUUGAAAACCAUUUUGAAACAGGCAUCUUUUAUUGUUUUGUGAACUGAUAAAUUGCAAGAAUUGAUUAUUGCUUUUAUGAAUGCAGCACACUUAAGGAAAAUUCCUAUAUCGAAAUGUUAUUCUAAAUUACUAUCAUUUCUGACUGGCUACAAAACUAGAUUACCAUUAUUCUACCUUAUUUGAAUAAUUCUCUGGUUUAAUCUUACUUUUGAGUAUUGUAAAGAAAUAAAAUGUAUUCCAUAUAUGGUAAACAUAUGGAGCCAUACAUAACUAUCAUUACUUUCCUCAGAAGUCUUUUAAUUUAAAGAACUUUUAAUGAUAGAAAGUAUUACACUAUGAAAGAUUUUUGGGGUAUUUUUUUAACGUUUCCAUGAGCUUUUCUGUCACUAAAGUAUAAUUAACAUUUGCAGGUUAGAAUUCAAAUUCUACAUGUUCAAAAAAGUUUGUAUUUGCUCAUAAUAAUAGAAUGUGAGCUCAUCAUGAAUUGUAUUGCAAUAACUGUUAGCCUGCAUCUGGCAACACAAGGAAAUGCACUCAUACUAGUAAACAGUAAAAGUGGUUUUAUUUUUCAGCAACAAACUACAGAUUGAUGUUGGUACCAACCUGUUCUGACUUAAAGAAGGUCAUUAAAGUCCACAUUACAAAUACGACUAUAGGAAACACUUGUUUUGUGAUGUGUAAUCAUCAUGAUGAUAUAAAAAUGAAAUAUGAAAAGAAUUCCCAUCCUUUAUAUUUUAAAAGAACAAUGAUUUUAAGAAUAGGAAGAUAAGGGAUAUUUUUUAAGAUGAGAGAAUUUUUAAAACAAAACUCAUGCACAUGCACACUGGCAUAUACUGUACAGUACGUAACUACACAAGUGCAUAAAGGUCAGAGGUAUUUUAUAUAUCUUACAAAGGCUGCUUGUAUUCACAUCCUUCUCAUUCAUCAUGAGCGGGUGCUUCCCGUCGUUUGGUGUGAUGGAGCCAUCUUUAUAAGAAAACCCAAGGGGCAAAUCGACUUUUAGGGGUAAAAAGAUACAAAUCUGGAUAUCUCUGCUAAGCCUGUAUUCUUUAAGGGGAAUACUUCUUAUGCCAUUUUAUACACUGUGCUUUAAUGUUUAGAACUUUUUUGCACUAGUUCUAAUAACAUUUAUUUUCGGAGAUGGUUUGAAAACUGUGCUAUAUAAUUCAGUUGUAUAACAAAUAUUAUAUCAUAUCUGUGUUUCUAGUCUUUACCUGUAUCUGUAAUGUUUUCUGUUUCUGUUGUAUUUUGGGCAGAACAGUCCCUGCUCAAUGUUUAACCCCAAUAAAGAAAUACAAACGUUCAUUAUACAUUGACAGACUCCUGUUUUCUGAUGGGAAAAAGAAACGUACGGAAUAACUAAUCUAUGUUUUACUGUUUAUACUUUGAAGUAUUUUACCUAAGUCUGAUGUUUAUAUCAUGAUUAAAUCCAAAUGCUUUAAAAGUCUUUUUAUUUAGAAAUAAAAUUAGAAUGAGAAUGAA